AUGAGAAAUUUUACAUUUAACGAAGUACAUGAGUACGUGUCCUACAAGAAUGAAGAAGGAUAUUACGAACCAUUAAUAAACGAUGAGUACAUUCUGUGUUUCAACAAUAUAGAAGUAGACAGAGAAGAGAAUUUUGAGAGGAUACAAGAUGAAGCCGAACAUAUAUAUACAAAUCUGGAUAAUCCAACAUAUAGAGUAUGUAUUGAGAAAUCAGCCCAUCCAGGCUAUGUCCAUGUACGGUGUGUGGAUGACUACUCAAAGUUGGACCGGACCGCCUCUUCUGAAAAAGCAUUGGAAAAUGGACAGGACGGAUCCGUCUUAGAUCCAAGUCUAAAAGAGAAUGGUAUCCGUUCUAGCUCAGGAUCCUACCUAGAGAUAGAACCCGUUCCUCAACCCGCUCCUAGUCCUACACCCAGUUUAAAGAAACAGCUUGCAUUCAAGGAUGUUAUUGAAGAAGAUGAAGAGGAAGAAGAGGAUGAGGAGGAUGAGGUCGCCAAGCUGCAUCAAUUAAUAGGAGCAAACAAUUAUAUUAUGAAACCAGAGUUCGGACCUAAGCAUAGAGAGACAAGGUAAGAGUUUUAAAAUUUUAAAACUUCCGCUCGAGCCUUAA